GUUAGCUACGAAUUACAAAAUGUGAUUUUUGAUUCUGAGAGUUUGUAGGUUAAUUGUUAACAUUUUGUAUAUAGAUCAAGUUUGUAGGUAAAAAAAGAUGUUGAAGGUGGUCAGCAAAGAAGUUUUAGGUGCGAGGUUACCGAAAAAUAUACGUGCACUUUGUGUCGCAACGCAUUCCCAGAAAUUUCGCACCUCUGAAGACAAACCCAGCUAUCACUCAUCAUCAAACAGUGCCCAAUACUACAAGAUACCGCAGGACAUCAGAAAUCAGCUUUUCGCACAUGGAGGUAUUCCCAAGUCCUACAACAUUCAGACAAAGUCAUUUGCUGAGACAUGUUUGAUGGUACGUGAGCCAAGUCUGGAUAUAAUCAAUUGCAUAAAGUCUAUCGAUUAUAGUAAACCUGUGAAUAGGUUUGUUCUGUAUGGGAAGAAGGGUAGUGGUAAAUCUCUGGCAUUGGCGCACGUCGUUCAUUAUGGUUUGGAAACUGGACACUUGAUUCUGCAUGUGCCAUGGGUGGGACAGUGGAUGCGUUAUUGCAAAGAAUAUAGCAAUUCUGAAUUGAAGCCUGGUAAUGUUGACAUCAAUUUGGACGCAGCCAACUGGUUGGUACACUUCAAAACACAGAAUGCUCAUGUGUUGAGCAACGCAGAUUUGGUUAUUGGCCAGGAUUAUGUUUGGAGCAAAAGGGAGAAAACGCAGAAGGGAGCGCAUAUUUUGGAAUUGAUUGAGCACGGCAUUAGUCGCGUAAAGUAUGCAAGCAGUUGCGUUUUGGGUUUGUGUAUGGAAAUCAAGGAGCUUUCCAAAAAGGGUAAAUGCAAGACCAUGGUGGCAAUCGACGGGUACAAUGGGUUCUUUUACCCCAAGACCCGGGUUUACACAGAGAAGAAAGAGAUGGUGCCUCCUAGCAAGGUAACGGUGACCGAAGGUUUUUUGGAGGUAACAAAGUUCGAUUGGAAUAACGCCGUUUGCGUUUUAACCGUCGACGAAAUCGCGAGCGCCAAAGAAGAUCAACUAUCUCACAUGCCAAAGUAUUUGUUAGGGAAGGAAGGAUUCGAACAUUUGGACCCGUUCAUUCCGGUGGCUGUUAACGAAUACACGGACAAGGAAUUCACGAGUUGCAUGGAAUAUUAUAGGGAAAGAAAAUGGGUCCAACCUGCACCCGGUCAAGACGAAGAACUUUCUUUCCUGAGCGGCUCGAACCCUUACAAACUGAUGCAAAUCUGCGCCGGUCUGUAAGUGCGUUAUUUGUAGAAUAUAUUUUAUAUUAAAAGAAUUAUUUAUAAAACCAAACAAUAUUUGUUCAAUUUAAUGAAUGCACAAACCCUACAUAAUGCGUACGAUUUCAGAUCUUAUGAUUUGUUCCGAGAGUUUUGCAAACUAAUCUUUAACCAUAGUUGAUGCGGAUAUUAAGAAAAUCGGGAGAAAUGAUAUGCAAAUAUAAAGUUAUUGUAAUAAACACUAUUUUUAAUAUAAUAAUAAAAUGUUUAAAAAUAUAAUAUAAUUUUUUUUUUGAUUGUGUCUUGGUAAAAUUGUAGACAUACAUUGUAUACAAAAUAAAAUAACUAUGAACGAAUACAGAAACAAAUUACAAUAUAUAUAUGUGUGUUGGUGGUAUAUAUGAUAUGGUCUCAUCAGAUAUAUAUUUUCUUUCAAUUAGCUACUACACAAUAUAAACGAACAAAUAAACAAAA